AUGAUUCCACGAAUUCAGUGCUCGUCCAGACGAAUGUCGGUACUCUGCACGAAACGCAUUAUUUUGUAUAAAUUCCACCCUCUUGCUCCUCCUCCUCAUCUUCUACUUAAUCUUCUCCUUCCUUUUCCUCUUCCUAUUCUCUUGCCACAUCCUCUUCCACUUUCUUUUCCUAUUAAUCGUUCACUUUGUAUUCCUUUUCCUCUUGCUCCUCCUAUUUACCUUCUACUUACUCUUCUCCUUCCUUCUCCUCUUCCUAUUAAUUUUCCUCGUCCUCCUCUUCUUCUUCUUUCUCGUCUUCUUCUUCUUCUUCUGCCUCUGCCUCUGCCUCUUUCUCUUCUGAUUCAUCUCUUCUUUCUCUUCAUCCUUCCACUCCUCCCGACCUCGUAUGCUUCUUACUCCCUCCUCCUUGCCUCGAUGGCAACACUCCCGUCCUCAUUUUCCAUUUCCCAUUUCCCAUUUCCCAUCUGCUCUCUUCCGCCCAGUCUGCCCCUCUGCCGUAACCAGUGCACUCUGAAUCCCACCUUUACUCGUCUUUUCCCUUCCUUCCUUCCUGCCCGGCCGGACAAACCGACACCCCCUACCGUUCCCCCCCUCCCCCACCUUCACCGCCUUGCAGACAUUGACGAGUGCGCCGAAUUCGUCGAGCCGCCCGCCUGCAGCCGCGGCUUCGUCUGCGUCAACACGAUCGGAUCCUACUUGUGCGCUUGCCAGACGGACGGCUACUUGUCGUUGCUGGGACUCGAGCUGGUCGAGCCGACCCCGCCCGCAGCCUCGACGUCGACGUCAACGUCGAUGAGGCAAGAGUAUCAGCAGCAGCAGCAGCAGCAGCAACAAGAGCACGAGAAAAAGGGGGGCUCAGCAAAGGGGCUACACUCGUUCUCGCCCGCUCUGUUGCCGGGCGAAGCGGGCCACCUCCCCGCCGCUUUCUGCAAAGGUAGGUUGACCGAGCCGGCGCAUCUGCUCGUGCAGGCAAUCGCGAGAGCAGAGAGCGUCUUUCCAUUCCAUUUCAUGCCAGCUUGCUUCUCAAAGGGUGGGGCGGCACUAGCCAAAACCGGGUGCCAGGUCGGUCGGUCGGGCGUUCGGACGAGGCAUUUCGGGAGGGGGGGUUGGCUCAAAUCGCUUGGACACGUGAGCUCUGGUCACGUGAUUUUGUGGAGAGGUUGA